AGAGCUUUACAAGCCAGUUCGUAGAGAGAUCAUUUAGCGCGAUUAGAGAGAAAAUGUCAGCUAGGAAGCCAAUAGCUAUCAAGCUGCUAUGCCCUUCACUGUCGAAAGUAGUUCGGCUGCUAGUUGCUUCGGAUGAACAGAGAAUCGACCUUGGGUGCAUAGCUCGAGCUUUUGGGCUCGACCCAUCGACCAUCAAGCUGAAUGAUCACUUUAUAAGUAGAGGCGUCGACCUCGUCGCUUCCUCUGUUACUUGGAAAUCUCUCCUUUCUUUCUUCUCUGCUAAAGGAUUGCCCACUGGGAAAGACGACGGUGAUGCGCUUGAUGUCACUGGCAGACUCUUUAAAGCUGGAAAGAAGCGAGGGCAAGACUCACAAGAUGCUGUAAAUGUGGUUUGUAAAGAGAUGGAAGGUGGGAAUUUUGGUAGAAUUAGAGAGACGCAGCGGGAAACUAUCGACUUGCUUAAGAAUAAGAAGUUGAGAGAAAGCAACCCAGUUAACAUGAAUCUGGGCUGCAAGAGAAAGCAACUAUUUGAAGAUGUUAACCUAUUCAAGAAGCUAAAGACAAAUGAUGAUACGACAGAUGGUGGAGUUAAAGCAGGUGUUAUUUCCAGCGACACUUCAGGUAGCCGGUCUACAUGCAGAAAUGCAAGUCAGAAUCUAAAGAGGAUGAGAGACGAGAUAAGAGACGAAGCAAUUGUAGCUGCUCGCUGUAAAAGGAUUAGAUGAAUUCUCAUCUUAUCCCAGUACAAUUUACCUUUUUUCUCUUGUUAGCAAAAUUUGAAUUUCUAAUCUUUUCUAAAUUUGUUCUUUGAUGGACUCAUUACACAUCACCGCUAUGUAUAUUAGUCUGUACAUUAUAAUUAUAAGCUGAAGUGUAAUUUUGAUGAUCUUGGUGAUGUUCUUUGACAAUACUAAAGAGAGUUGUACAGAUUGUCAUA